AAGUAGUUUGAUACAAAUCGAAACUCCCCCCUCCGAACUUUGACAGGAAGAGUUUGUAACUCGUCUUGGUUUUGCCUGACGGGCUUUUUUUUCUCUCCCCCCUCUUUCCACUGCGUGAAAUAAUGCAGAGCAACGCUUACGGAGCCUCCCUGGCCGGCGGGGCCUUUGACGUCGGGAGCUUUGUGAAGAAGCCGCAGACGGUCCUGCGCUUCCUGAGCUGGGUGUUUUCCAUUGUGGUUUUCGCAAGUAUUACAGCCGAAGGGUACAUUAACCCAGAAACACAAGGAAAUGCAGAGUGCAUGUUCAACAAAAACGACAGUGCGUGCAGUUACGCGGUGGGCAUCGGGAUCCUGGCCUUCUUGGGCUGUUUCAUCUUCCUGCUGCUGGACGCCUACUUCCCGAACAUCAGCAAUGCCAAGGAGAGAAAAUACAUCGUCAUCGGAGAUCUGGCCUUCUCAGCGGCGUGGACAUUCCUGUGGUUCAUCUGCUUCUGUGUCCUGGCCAACCAGUGGUCCAAAACCACCAUGACGCGUGUCGUGGCUGACGCUGCCAGGGCCGUGAUCGCCUUCUCCUUCUUCUCGAUCGUCACCUGGGCCCUUUUGUCCUACUUUGCACUCGGAAGAUAUCGCCAAGGAGUGAGCGAGUUUAACCAGGAAUACACGGACCCCGCGCAGGACCACACUUCCCCGUACCCACCUCCCCAGUCGAGCUACCAGCAGGGCCCUUUCACCAGCACCCAGGGGCAGCAGGGAGAGUAUCAGCCUCCGACUUACUAAAGGACUGAGAUUUACUCACAUGAAUCCUGAUGGGAGAGGGUUCUUCUUAAAAUAAAACGAAAAAGAAAAAAAAACAAACGUGUGUACCAAUGGUUUGGUUUGAAAUCGGGGCUGUCCCGAUUUUUUUCUUGCAUAUUUUUGGGCACUGACUUUUAGUUUUUGAUUGCACGCUUGUUCAAUAGAUGUUUUUGUUGUGAUGUUUGACAAAAAGGAAAUCUGGAGAGAUUUCUUUCUUUUUCUUCAUCAGAAGUGAUUAUUUUUUUUCCCCCCUGCAGGAGAAAGGAAGGUGCCAAUGUUUGUCUUUAUACCAAAACGCCUGUCAUAGUUUCAGAGCUCCCUUUGUUUCAAUGUCGCGUACUAUUCACUGUACAAGCUAGAUGCCAACAAACUGCUUAGAAUGAUUUGUGCCUUGAGAAAUUUUUUAUUUUAUUUUUUUUGUAUUUAAUUGAGAAGUGAAGUUUUAUUUGAAUGUUUUACUGUUUUUGUUUUGUGUUUUUUUUUCCUGGCAUGAUGCUAAUGCGCAGCUGACCCACAACCAUAAGUAGUCCGUUUAGUUUAGAAAAAGUUUAAUCAAACGGCAAACACACGUCAUUUAGUCAACAGGUGUUAUUUGAAAUAUUACUUGUUAAACUACUGUAUUUUCUGUUGGGAUUUCUUUUUUCUUUUUUACAAUCGACCACUGAAAAGUUUUUUUUUUUUUGUUUGUUUUUUUUUUCAUAUGUUUUUAUUUUGAGUGUAUUAUUUGGAUGUUGAUUGUUUGUUUUUUGGAUUUUGCUCAAAACUGUCUGGUGGUCAUGUUCUUAGUUUAGCAAUUUUUUAGCAGUUAUUUCAGACAAAACUCUUGGAAAUAUAUUUUUUGUUAUUUGAAGAUAUUUAUUAUCUUGCAUAUUCCAGUUUAAAAACUGGUACAUGAAAAUCUGAUCGUUUCUCCAGUUUUUUUGUUUAAUUACACCACUCUCUCCGCUUGAUUGAUUUUUUUUUUUUUUCCGAAUCUUGAGCAUUUUUCACUGUCCUUAUUCAAAUAAAUUGUUCAAGUGCCUUAUACAGUGUUCUGUAUCAGAUGGGGUUUGCCAAAUAAAAGCUGUUCCGGCUUCUCUUGGUCAGCCCGUAAUUGA